AUGUUAAACGUCAUAUUUUCAACCAUGUUUUUCAACACUCUUACCCCGAAAUUUUACGUCGCUCUGACAGGCACUUCCUCAUUAAUCUCUGGCCUAAUUCUGAUUUUCGAAUGGUGGUAUUUUAAAAGAUACGGUACAUCAUUUAUCGAACAAGUCUCAAUCAAUCAUCUAACUCCAAUUUUAAAUGGAAAUGAUACGACAAAUUCUACUUUGACUAACAAUGACUCAUCUUUACAAUCGUCCUCGUUAACGAACGGUUGUAGUAAUAGUGGAGGAACCAAUUCGCUUGGAAAUAAUUCGCUAACAAAUGGAAUCGAUUCCACAAUACCGGUGACUGGUACCAAUGAAUGUAAAGUUUGGAAAAACCCUUGUGCACUCUUUCGUGGAGCGGAAUACCAACGUUUAACGCAGUACAAUAGCAAAGAACCAUUAACUUUUCAUGAUAUGAAUUUAUCUGCCCAGGAACAUCAAACAUUUUUUUCUUGCGAACUGGACGAAGGCAAACCGGAAUACGAGAUGAUGCAGCGAGCAUGGCGCGAACGAGCACCAUCCACACGUAUUCAAUUAGCUCAUGAUGCACUAGAAAAAAAUUUUGAAUGUGCUCCAGCAUUGAUACUUCUCGCGGAAGAAGAAGCAACGACAAUCAUUGAAGUCGAACGAAUUCUGAAGCAAGCGUUGAAGUGUGCAGAGAACGCCUAUCGAAAGUCACAACAGUUACUCGAGCAAGGUCAUAACCAAGAUAUUGUACAUAAACGUAAUACAAAUAUCUUAAUCUAUGUUAAACGUCGAUUGGGUAUGUGUGCAAGAAAAUUGGGUAAACUUCGUGAAGCAACAAAAAUCUUUCGUGACCUGGUGAAAGAAUUUCCAAUGAUGUCGGUUUUUAACAUUCAUGAAAAUCUUAUUGAAGUUCUACUUGCACUUCAAAACUAUCCCGAUGUACAGGGCGUGCUCGCCAAAUACGAUGAUAUCAGUUUACCGAAAUCAGCAACGAUCUGUUACACAGCUGCUUUGCUUAAAGCCAGAGCAGUUGCUGCCACAUUUUCGCCUGACGUUGCAAGUAAACGAGGUUUAACUGCAGCGGAAAUGUCUGCAGUCGAGGCCAUCCAUCGAGCAGUAGAAUUUAAUCCACACGUACCAAAGUAUUUAUUAGAGAUGAAAAGUUUGAUUUUACCACCUGAACAUAUUCUCAAACGUGGUGAUUCAGAAGCGAUUGCAUACGCGUUUUUUCAUCUGCCACAUUGGCGUCGCGUCGACGGUGCAUUAAAUCUUCUACACUGCACAUGGGAAGGAACAUUUCGAAUGAUCCCAUAUCCAUUAGAAAAGGGACAUCUCUUUCAUCCAUAUCCAACGUGCACGGAAGCAGCUGAUCGAGAAUUACUACCUGCGUUUCAUGAUGUCUCUGUCUUUCCGAAAAAAGAACUGCCAUUUUUUAUUUUAUUCACAGCUGGAUUAUGUUCAGGCACCGCCAUGCUUGCUUUACUUACUCAUCAAUAUCCCGAAAUUGCUGCGUAUAUCGCUCGCUUGUUUCUUAACUGGUUCAGUGUACCUCUGCAAUAUUUGACGGAUAAAAUUGAGUCGAUUCUCCCGUCGAAUCUCUUUCAACAAUUGGCAAAAAUUUAG